AUGGCGAAGACGAAGAGUAUCGGAAAGACCGCCCCGAGGUCAACUCCUUUUGGAGAUGAUUUCCGGACAAGCAAAAAGGACAAGCGUCAGAUCAAGCACGCGGGUCUCAUGUCCAAAAUCGCCAAAAAUGCCACCAAGACCCCCAAGAAGCGUCGUGCCUCCAAAAAGUUGGUCGCCAACCUCGAAUCUCUGGCAGAUGCCUUACCCGAAGCUGCGGAGGAGUCUCACGAUGCCGCGAGCCAGGUGAAUGUGAUCAAACAGAAUACCCUACGUCACAAGCCUGGCGCUUUGAAACGUCGUGAAAAGGUUGAGAAGGUUGAACGUGACCGAUUUGCGAAGAACAUGGCACAGAUGUCAGGUCUGCAGGCCACCCCCGUACCAAUUGGUACUGAUGAGAAUAACACAACCGCCAACCCUACGGCCAAUCGGUGGUCUGCGCUGCGAAAUUUCAUCUCUCAAACGAUGGAACAACAACCGGUUUUCAAGACGAACAAUUAA